AUGAGAAUUGCAACAUCGGGGUCAGACGGCAAUCCUGCGAAUCUUCGCAAUGUUUUGCAUCAGAACGGUUCGCUGGAGCGCGCGUACAGCUUGUCCUCGCUGGCUAAGCCUCCUGCCUCGCCCACAGCUAAGCCUGCUCCCUCGCCCACAGCUAAGCCUGCUCCCUCGCCCACAGCUAAGCCUGCUGCCUCGCCCACAACUAAGCCUGCUCCUUCGCCCACAGCUAAGACUGCUCCCUCGCCCACAGCUAAGCCUCCUGCCUCGCCCACAGCUAAGCCUCCUGCCUCGCCCACAGCUAAGCCUCCUGCCUCGCCCACAGCUAAGCCUCCUGCCUCGCCCACAGCUAAGCCUGCUCCCUCGCCCACAGCUAAGCCUGCUGCCUCGCCCACAGCUAAGCCUGCUCCCUCGCCCACAGCUAAGACUGCUCCCUCGCCCACAACUAAGCCUCCUGCCUCGCCCACAGCUAAGCCUCCUGCCUCGCCCACAGCUAAGCCUCCUGCCUCGCCCACAGCUAAGCCUCCUGCCUCGCCCACAGCUAAGCCUCCUGCCUCGCCCACAACUAAGCCUCCUGCCUCGCCCACAGCUAAGCCUCCUGCCUCGCCCACAGCUAAGCCUCCUGCCUCGCCCACAACUAAGCCUGCUCCCUCGCCCACAGCUAAGCCUGCUCCCUCGCCCACAGCUAAGCCUGCUGCCUCGCCCACAGCUAAGCCUGCUGCCUCGCCCACAGCUAAGCCUGCUGCCUCGCCCACAGCUAAGCCUCCUGCCUCGCCCACAACUAAACCUGCUCCCUCGCCCACAACUAAGCCUCCUGCCUCGCCCACAGCUAAGCCUCCUGCCUCGCCCACAGCUAAGCCUGCUCCCUCGCCCCAUACCUCGCCCACAGCUAAGCCUGCUCCCUCGCCCCAUACCUCGCCCACAGCUAAGCCUGCUGCCUCGCCCACAGCUAAGCCUCCUGCCUCGCCCAAAACUAAGCCUCCUGCCUCGCCCACAGCUAAGCCUCCUGCCUCGCCCACAGCUAAGCCUCCUGCCUCGCCCACAGCUAAGCCUGCUCCCUCGCCCACAGCUAAGCCUCCUGCCUCGCCCACAGCUAAGCCUCCUGCCUCGCCCACAACUAAGCCUGCUCCCUCGCCCACAGCUAAGCCUGCUCCCUCGCCCACAGCUAAGCCUGCUGCCUCGCCCACAGCUAAGCCUGCUCCCUCGCCCCACAGCUAA